GACCAGUGGUUGAGAAGAGCAGACGCAUCGUUGGCGUUUGUUGUCAAUGGUGGAGGUUGAAAAUGAAAUGCGCUUCCAAAACGUCAAUCUGUCUGUACGAGCUGUGGACCAAUGGCAGUGUCUCAUGUAAAGUAACAAGCGGCCAAUCCGCGCCUUUGUUCUUAGGAGGCGGCGUCGGGCGGAGAGUCUGAGUUAGUUUGAGCCCGUGUUUAUUGUUAAGGUUGUGUGGAUUAGCACUGCGGCUCCGGGCCACUUUACCAACAUCACAAACACAACAGACACAGAGUUAAAGCUGCGGGGUAACCUCUAGGGGGUGCCAACCCGUUUUUCAAUGGCUGAUAGAAAAUAAUCAAAGACAGAAGAAAAGAACAAUUAAAGGAUGGGCAACAGAACCAGCACCAUGUCCAGACUUGACUGAUCUGCAGCGUGACCUUCAGUCCCAGCUCGGCUCCAGGUGGAUCAGCUGAUGGCUAACUCCGUGGCCUUGGUGGUCCAAGCUGAACUUCUACCACCUCAGCCCACUACCUCGCUCUCUUCCUUUCCGUCCUUGCUGGGCUCAGGAGAAGAUGGUGAAGUUGAUCAGGAGAGGGCGGAGCUUGUGCAGGGAGACAAAGGCGUGGUAGAGGGUGGGGAGGAGGUGGUCCUCGACAUGGUGACCACGUCUGUGCCAGGCCCCGCCCAGCAGUCCAAGCAGUCAGACAAUCCCUUCCAGUGUCUAGACUGUGGCAAGAGUUUCAGGUGGUCUUCCAGGUUGACUCACCACCAGCGGAGCCACAAUAAUGAGAGACCGUACCGGUGCAAUCUCUGCCCCAAGGCCUUCAAGGGCUCCUCUGCCCUACUCUACCACCAACGGUCUCACUCAGGGGAGAAACCAUACAAAUGUAAGGAGUGUGGGAAAGCCUUCAAACGCUCCUCCCUGCUCCAGGUCCAUCAGAGCGUCCACACUGGGGUACGCACCUUCGUCUGCCCCUAUUGCCCCCUGACCUUCAAAUGGAGUUCUCACUUCCAGUAUCACCUGCGGCAGCACACCGGUGAGUGUCCGUACCCCUGCGACACGUGUCCCAAGGCCUUCAAAAACUCCAGCAGCCUGCGUCGACACAAGAACGUCCAUCUUGGUCUGAAGCCUUACACCUGCUCAGUGUGUAAGAAGUCCUUCACCCAGUCCACCAACCUGAGGCAGCACAUGAGGAUACACACGGGCGAGAGGCCGUACAUCUGUGGAGAGUGUGGACGCAGAUUCACACACUCCUCAAACCUGGCCCUGCACAGGAACUCUCACUCUAACCUGAACACGGGGGGGAAGGAGGGGAGGAGAGGGGAGGAUACCAGAAAGGCAAAGGUGGAGGUGGUUGUGGGGACAGAGGAAAUGACAUCAUCCAUGUUGACGGGGAUGGUCGGGUUUGUUAGUCAGGAAGCGGCGACCGCCCAAGACGGCCAGAAUCAAAGCCUCCUCCGCCAGCUCACCCUCACCCCGUCCGGGGAGGAGGUGUGCACAUCCAGGGCCAUCGGCGCGGAGGUUCACCUGAGCACGGGCACCGGGGCCAGUGUUCUGCUCUACAGCUGUGGCAGCUGCAGCCACACCUUUGGCACACAGGCAGAGCUGGAGCAGCACCAGUCCGUCCACAUGGCUCAGGAGCAGCACGGGAGCAGCGGGGGGGCGGGCGCUGGGACUGGAAUGGAGGUUGCACACGGGCUCGUGGGAGCCGGCCACCUGUUGGCCGACUUUGAAGAGGUGGUGGAGACUACCACGGUGGUUGAAAACGGACACUCGGCGGAGGUGCUCCUCGGACUGAGCGAGGUUCCAGAGAGCGGUAACGCGCAUGUGGACACCACCCAGGCCCAGUUCGACCUGCUGCAGAGCUUCACUGAGGUGACUCACAGCUCCGAGGCUGUGCAGCCAGAAGCCAGAACCACAUGGGCAGGGCUGUCAUGUGGCUACUGCAGUAAAACCUUCAAAACCAGCGGAGGCCUGAACAGACAUGUGUCACUGAUGCACUCUCUGUCGUCGCAGUCCCGCUCACAGUUCAGCUGUUCCGCUUGCGACCGCUCCUUUCCCCUUCUCUCCUCGCUCCUAACCCACCAGCACUCCCACACCCCCGAACAGCGCCUCCUGGCAGAGGCAGAAGCUGAGAUCGUUUGCCCUCCGUCCCUCUCCCUGUCCCUGCCUCUGCCCUCUUCUCCGAGCCACGCCGAUAAGCCCCAGGAGGGCGCGGGGCAGAUCCACGUCAACAUCAUCGCUGUCGCUGAGGAGCAGGAGGAGCAGGAGGAGCAGGAGGAGCAGACCACCAAACCCACCAAGACCACCAAGAAGACGGGGCCCAGUAAGAGUGGUCCUGCUGGAGAAAGACCGUACCGCUGCUCAGAAUGUGGGAAAGCCUUUAAAGGUUCAUCAGGGCUGAAGUACCACAUGAGGGAUCACACAGGGGAAAGACCCUACCGCUGCACCGAGUGUGGGAAGAGCUUCAAAAGGUCCUCAUUACUCUCCAUCCAUCAAAGGGUCCACACGGGUGUGCGGGCGUUCCAGUGCCCUCACUGCCCUCUCACCUUCAAGUGGAGCUCUCACUACCAGUACCAUCUGAGGCAGCACACCGGUGAGCGGCCGUAUGUGUGCAAGGAGUGCGGCAAGACCUUCAAGAACACCAGCUGUCUGCGGCGACACAGUCAGAUGCACUCAGGACUCCGACCUCACACCUGCCCCAUCUGCUCCAAGUCCUUCUCCCAGACGUCCAACCUCAAACAGCACGAACGCACCCAUUCCGGCGAGCGACCGUUUCAGUGCACACAGUGCAACAAGAGCUUUACUCACUCUUCCAACCUUCAGCUGCACCUACGAACACAUUCCUCACACAAAGACUUCAAAUGCCCCUACUGCCUGAAGGGCUUCGUCAUGCCCUCCUACUUACAGAGGCACAUCCGUACCCACGGCACCGGUGCUUCUCUGCCAGCCACCAAAGAUGGCGCUAAAGAAGGUGUGUCAGUCAAGGCCAGUGUUGGAGGCGUGACCACCACCACCACCCUGAUCAACCCCAUCACCCUGGAAACCUCAGGAAACAGUGGAAGCUUGAUUGUGUCGCAGCCGGCGCUGAAUAUCCCCCCGAACACCUCCCAGAACUACUUCAUGGUUCAGACGGCCAGCGGGCUGCAGCUCAUCCCUCUGUCGAGCCCCGCCCCUCAGAACUUCCUUCUUUUGCAGUGCCCCUCUGGUAACGGCAGCCAGUCCACCUUGAUUCUCGUCCCAACAACAAACAAACCUGCGGCAGCACCGGAGCCUCAGAGCCUCCCCGUCCUCCAGAACAUCCUGAACCAAACACCAACUCAGAUGCACCAGAUGCAACAACAACAACAACAACAACAACAAACUAGGAUUAUAAUCUCCAACAACAGUAACAACGCCAACGCCGCACCGACACACACGCUGACCACUAACUCAAUGCUGACCACUAACUCAAUGCUGACCACUAACUCAAUGCUGACCACUAACUCAAUGCUGACCAAGCCCAUUUUAGGGAAAAGCACAAGGACAGCACGGAGCAGACGGGGGCCCAAAGCUAAAGCUGCUCUUCAGAAGUCUCCACCCCCCCCCUGUCAUGUGACGCAGAGACGUGUCACCGACAACACUGGGGCCAACGGGUCUGUUUCUCUGACCACACCUCCUGCUACCGUCUCACCAUGUGCCACCUCCACCUGUGUGGCCCCCCUGGUGGACACCUCAGGGCCCCCAUCAGCUGCUGAGGCGGUUACACCAACAACCGCAGCGGCCACAGCGUCCGUGUGUUCUCCCGCCCACAGCGGGAGGACGGAGGAGAGCUCUGCGGAGGAACAACUUCUUUUAUGCUUUGAAAAUAAAGAGCCGGCGAAAGAAGACAUGAACCCCGAGAAGAGCCAGGACGCCUUUGUGUUCAAGUUUGAAGGGACGGCGUCGGCUCGGGAAGUCGACGGGAGCCCGGGCGGAGGGGAGAAGUCCCUGCUGAUCCAGUUAAAGCCAGGUGUGGAAGGAGAGGGAGGAGCAGGUCAGAAUAAAGGAAGGAUGAUGUCACUACUGCAGGACUGGGGCGGUGACCAGCCCAGCGGCAGACCUGCGGGUCAGGAGGGCGGCCAGAGGAAGGCCUACAUCCUUCACUUCCACACUGAGGCUCCGGACGGCGGUUCAUCCAGCGGAUCCUUCGGCCAGGGUCAGGACGACAGCCUUCGGCUCUCCUGCACGCCCCUCCAAGGGUUGGUGCCUUUCGGCCAGCAGGAGGUGGUGUUUGAGUUGGGGGCGGAGACAAAAAUGCAACAGGAAAAUCACCAGGGCGUGCACAUGAUAGCCCUGAUCGACGGUGAGAAUCCCAUCAUGGGAGACGCUGGCACGGGUCGCCACGCUGAGAAUGAAGGAGGGAGCGUUGGUGAGGGCGGGGGAGACAUGGAAAAUAUAUUUCAGCUGGAACACGGGGAGGAAAUUGUCAUAAUUGAGGUUAGCACCAGCAGUUUAGGGGAGGGGAGGAUGGAGCAGGGAGGGGGGGAGGACAGCAGCGAGGUGAAGUACGACGGCGUUACUGCGGAGGUAAACCAAAGGUCUGGACACCAACACUGCUCCUCAGUUGGUACCGAACCUCAAGGAUCCAAUGAGCACGCCGCAAAAAGUUGA